AUGAAGGUCCUCCUCUCUCUCCUUACGGCCAGCCUGGCCAGCGCCCACACCAUCUUCUCCUCCCUGGAGGUCGGCGGCGUGAACCAGGGCCAAGGCAACGGAGUUCGCAUCCCCUCCUACAACGGCCCCAUCGAGGACGUCACGUCCAACUCCCUCGCCUGCAACGGACCGCCCAACCCCACGUCCCCGACCUCCAAGGUCAUCACCGUCCAGGCCGGCCAGAACGUGACCGCCAUCUGGCGCUACAUGCUCAGCACGACCGGUUCCGGACCCGCGGACGUCAUGGACAGCAGCCACAAGGGCCCGACCAUCGCCUACCUGAAGAAGGUCGGCGACGCCACCACCGACACCGGCGUUGGCAACGGCUGGUUCAAGAUCCAGCAGGACGGCUUCAGCAACGGCGUCUGGGGCACCGAGAAGGUCAUCAACGGCCAGGGCCGCCACAGCAUCAAGAUUCCCGAGUGCAUCGCCCCCGGCCAGUACCUCCUCCGCGCCGAGAUGAUUGCCCUGCACGGUGCCGGCAGCUACCCUGGCGCGCAGUUCUACAUGGAGUGCGCCCAGAUCAACGUCGUCGGAGGAACCGGCACCAAGACCCCCUCAACCGUCAGCUUCCCCGGUGCCUACAAGUCAUCCGACCCCGGCGUCACCAUCAGCAUCUGGUGGCCUCCCGUUACCAACUACGUCAUCCCCGGCCCCGACGUGUUCACCUGCUAA